ACGCCAAGAGUUACAGACAUUAAGAAUGUUGGCAGUUGUUGUUUAGCCCUGGGAUGGUUGGUCCUGAUUGAGUUGACCAUAUGAUCGAGGCCGUUCCAACCUUGAUCAUCCCGUCUUUCUGUAUACAUAUAUAUAUAUUUUUUCAGUAGUAUAGCCUUUCCUGUUUGAAGGUUUUUAGGAUACGAUUUGAUAAGAAUAACUAGAAACAAUUUAGCUGUAUUUCUCGACGCUAUGGAAUAAGCUACACAAAUUCGAAAUUUUGCAAUGUGUUUCUUAUCCAAGACAUUCCUCCAGAUCUGAUAACAAUAACAGCUAUUCUAAUAAAUCCAAGAUGUCUGAAAGUCCCAUACAGCGCCGGAACUUGGAGAGUGAGAUGUUGUUCUUACGUCAGCAACAUGCUAAGACUUUGAAAGGAAUGCAUGAAGAAAUCAAAGUUCUACAAAAGAGAUGUACAGAUCUGACAUUCAAGCUAACUAUGCAAGGCCUGAAAACUGAUGAUCCCAGUGAUGUUGAAGCGGCAGAACAGAAAAUAAAGAAUUUAGAGGAAGAAUUAGAAAGUAUAAAAUCCAAUGAAAAUAAUAUAACAGAAUUGCUGAAGAAAGAACGUAAUGAGAUUAAGAAAUUGGAGAUUCAGUUGAAGUACCAAGCUAUAAAACACAAUCAGGAGCUGAUUGCCAAAGACAAAGAACUGAACAACCUCCGUUCAGAUCUUGAUUCCAAAGCUGACUACAUAGCCCACCUUUCCACCGAGCUUCACAAGAUGAAAAUCCAGCAGAAACUCGAAGAGAAUCUCAAUCUAAAGUCUAAAGAAAAAUCAUUCCAUUCUGCUCCUGUCCCACCAAAGAAUGCUCCAGGCUCUUCAGGUGGCAGGCAUUCGAGACGUGGUUACAUGCAAAAGAGUCGGUCAGAUGAUGUGGAAAUGAACGAUGGUUGGCAUUCUCCGCUGUCGUCAUCCGGGGGACGGUCCAGCGUUAACUCUCGGAACCAUGCUCUACAUCAGAGUAGCCCUCAUCAUAUAGUCACAGUGCAGAAUUCCUCUUCUCAAGACCACAUGGAGCUGACAUCUUCCCAGUAUGUUAACCGUGAGCUUUAUCAAAAGCACCGUCAUCCCGGCAACGGGAACUGCUCCACUAACAAUGGCAGUAGUAGUAGUAGUAAUAAUAAUAAUAAUAAUAAUCCCUCCAACAUGGCUGGGUCUUCUUCGCUACUUAUCAAAUCGAAGCCAACAUCUCGUUUGCUGCCGCCAAUUCGACAGAAUAACAACCAAAUACAAGGUCAGAAUUUACAACACGUCUAUGUCAAAAAUGUGGUCAGGCCACACUGCUUUAGAAAACAGUCCUGUGAAUGUAAUGGUCCUCAACUAGAGACGCUAGCAGUGGAGUCGAUAGCAAGAUUUGACAAUAGUUGGAGGGGCAACCAUCACCACACUAAAAGCACCGAGUACAAGUAAAAAAAAAUAAAUUAAAAAACCAAAAAAAAA